UCUCAUUAUAACUCGCUGUCAGAAGUUCCGGUUUGAAAUUUCAGAUAUUCCAGUAAACUAACAGAUCAAGGAUGGAUCACGAUUUGCAAGACUACCUCAAGACAGCUGUUGGAGUAGCAAGGAAGGCUGGUGAUAUGGUAAAGAAGGCCUAUUGUGUGGAUAAGUCAGUGGUUACCAAGGAAAGCUACGCUGAUUUAGUGACGGAGACAGACCAAGCUGUGGAGAGGAUGAUUAUAGAUUCUCUGGCAGAGAAAUACCCCACACACAAGUUUAUUGGAGAAGAAUCUGUGUCAGGAGGGAAGAAAUGUGAAUGGACAGAUACUCCAACAUGGAUUAUUGACCCCAUUGACGGAACAGCUAAUUUUGUACAUAGCAUUCCUUACAACUGUGUAUGUAUUGGUCUUGGAAUCAACAGAAAGAUUGUGGUGGGUAUUGUUUAUCUCCCUAUAACCGACCAAAUGUACACAGCUGUGAAAGGUCAAGGUGCAUUUUGUAACGAUACAAGAAUAUCAGUGUCAAAAGUCUCAGACUUGAAGAAUGCUGUAGUGUAUACUGAAGCAGGAAAUAAUCGGCACUCUGAUACUGUCCUCACCAAGAUCGAAAACAUGAAAAAUAUUGUCUUCGCUUCUCAUGGCAUUCGCUGUUUGGGUUCUGCGGCCGUCAACAUGUGUAUGGUUGCUCAGGGCAGUGGAGAUGCUUAUGUCGAGUAUGGAAUCCACAUCUGGGACGUUGCAGCCUCUGGUAUCAUUGUGGAAGAAGCAGGUGGAGUUCUUAUGGAUCCAACAGGGUCAGAAAUGGACUACCUUAGCCGAGGAAUCCUCUGUGCUAGUUCUCCAAGUGUGGCCACCAGUAUCAGCAAAAUCAUCAAACCAUUGGAGCUUGAACGAGACUAAAGUUUUAAUUUUUAUAAGAAAUAUCUAUCAAAGAUAUGUAUGUUUAAUUUUUAAAAAAUGAUUUUAGUAUUACUGUGUAGUGCUAUACAAUUAAAAUGAAUGAUAUUUUUAUGCAGAUCUAUAUAUAUACAUUGUAUGGAGGAUAUGUUGUAUAACAUAUUGAUUUUAUGUACAUUUCUAGCUCAUCUUGUCCAAAGGACAUUGGAGAGCUUAUGCUUUGGUGGGGCAUUUGUCGUCAACUUUUUCUUUAGAUAACUUCUUCUAAAGAGCUAUUGAACAUAUUCCAAUUAAAGUUGCCUCAGAGCAUCUUGACAGAAAGCAGUCCAGCUUUGUUAAAGAAAAGUUCUCAUAUCUUUCCACUCCCUCUAUCAAUAGAGUAGUUUACAACUACAGUAUGUAAGUGUGCUAUCUGCCUGUGACCCUAGUUCUAUGGUCAACAUCCAAAAAAAUUAGUUGGGAUCCCUAUAAUGAGAACAUCUUUUUCUAUAACCAGCACGAUGCCCAGGUGAGCAAUACAGGCCCACUGAGUCCUUUUUAGCUUGCCUAACUAAUCAAUAAAACACAAACUAGUCACUUUGGUGUCAACAUUUUACCUCCAAAACUUUUUGAGGAUAUUUCCUGUCAUUGUUUGAAUCAGUGCAUGCAUUUAUUACUAUUCAUAACUUUGUUGCAAAAAACAUUGCAGUUGUGAAAAUUUUGACCAUUUCAGAGGCCCAAAGGGGCUUUUUACCUAUUAUUUAAUCUUGUUGGUGACUCUUACCUGGUUUCAACUUGUUGGUGUGUUCUGACCUAUUGUUGGUUGUUUUACCUGUAACUUGUUGGUAAUUCUGAAACUUUACCUAGAGCUUGGGCUAGUUGAUGGUUCUUACCUGUAGUAACGGCUUGUUGGUUCUUACCUAUAGUGUCAGCUUGUUGAUGGUUAUUAUAUAUGUCCCCCAAAUGAAGUGGGGGAAAUGAAAUGGGGAACAUAUUGUUUUUUCUUCGUUUCGCUGCGGAGGUUUCCGAUCACUUUUCUCAGAGACCUACUGGGAGUAUCUUAAUGAGACUUCACAGACAUACUUAAUAGGGGCAGGGCUGUGCAAUCUGAGAGGUCGAAGAUGGCCGCCAAAGCCGAUUUCUAUUUUUGGAUUUCUGUCUCCAAUUUCAGUAAAAAUUAGUAAAUAUGGUUUUUAGGGAUGCUAAAUAAUGUGGUAACAUUUUCGUACAGUUUAGUUACCAGAGUAUCAAAUGAAGGCCUCUGAUUAGUGGAAAUAUAGAUAUUGUUUGAUUUAGGUGAAAAUUGGUUCAUAGGAGUUAUAAUGGUAUGUCGAACAACAUGGAAACAUUUCUGAAAAGGUUGGUUGCUAUGGUAACAAAACCAUAGGUCAAAGACUAGAUAUUUUCAGAUUAAGAUGAAAAUUGGUACACAGGGGUAAAAUGAGAUAUGUCGAACAAGAAAGUAACAUUUUCAGAAAGUUUGAUUGCCAUGGUAAUGAAAUGGAGGUCUCUGAAUAUUGGUAUAUAUAGUUUAUGAGGGAUACCGAACACAAUGCUAUGGUUGGGUGUUUGGGGACUUACGUAAUGGUCCCCAUUACAAUCAGUUACCUGAAGUUUUGGCUUGUUGGUGGAUCUUACCAGAAGAUGCAGGGUGGUAAUUUGAACAUAUAAUUUCAGCUUGUUAGUACAUGUAGUUCUUACCUGUAGUUUCAGCUUGUAGGUGAUUCUUACUGGUAGACGCAGCUUGUUGGUGGUUCUUACCUGUAGUUUUGGCUUGUUGGUGAUUCUUACCUAUAGCAGUGUAAUUAACAACUACCAAUUCCUUAUUGAUUUAUGAAAGGGAACUACAUGUGUCAUACAAAUGAUAAGCUUUAAAGCCCCAACACUUACGGUAAACCUCCGGUCAGUUCGAAUAAAAUUAAAUAAAUAUUGACGAACCUGUUCUAAACUAUUCAAUGUAAAAAUGUUAAAAAAAACUUAAUUAACGCUAAAAUAUGAGGCAUAUAUCAAAUUAUAGAUGCAUUCCAAUGAUCACGCAUACAAUCUAAUAACCUAAACGUGCCUGUUGAUCAAAUUUAAAUCUUCGCAUUUUUUUUCUGGGCUGGUCGUCUGGACCAGGAUGUCGCGAGCUUUCAAUGGAGUUUGCCGAAAAAAAUCUUACUUAACAUUCUUAAUUUGACAAGUUCGAACUAUCCGAAAUAGUGUCAGUUAUAAACAACCAGAGUUUGAACUAUUAGAAGCUAAAAAAAUAGUUUUUCUUCAAAAAAAAUGUGUGAGGUUUACCGUAAUCAUUUGUUUUAGAUAGAAUAAACUGUGUUACUUAACCUAUAUUUAAAGGUGCUCUUCACUAAUUUAAGUCUUCAUGUCCUUUAUACAUUGCAUUGAUGACAAAUUCACGACCAUCUACCUAUAGCGAUAUAUACAUGAUUGUAACCAAGAUAAUGAAGGAAAUAUACAACAACUUAAUGUCUUAUAAUUAUAAAACAGAACCACAAAGUCCCACCAGAUAUAGAAUUAAAUUGUAAAGUUCCCUCAGUGAAAUGUCAAAGUACCAGUAUCAUCUGAAGCAUACAAAGCAUUGUUUUUAUAAUUCUACUCUACAAACAACAUGUAGGGCCUACAGCACCCUCAGGAACAGUCGAUGUGUAUUUGGCUAUACUGAAUGUGUUAAUAUGGGGGUAAUAUAGUAGACAUUUUAUCAUUACAGAGGUGUGUCACAUUUAUCAAAUGUUGGUCUUGCCCCAUAUAACGUCUAACAGUUGCUUUUACAUAUAUGUCCAAAUAUAGAUAAAUACACCAAUACACGGACUGUAGCUGCGAUAGCGUAGCUCUGGACGACGGACAGACAAUUUCUGACAGAUGGUCAUCGUCAGAGAGAGCAGAGUAGGCUGGGUAUGAAUAUUUGUUCUUCACGUACUGUAAUUCGUCAGGAUCCAACAGAUUCAAAUGAAGUGCGAGAAGCAAGCUGCCUAGGAAUAAAUCACAUGGCAUUUUUGACAGUUGCUUGUCAUUUUAUUGUGAUUCAACUUUGUAUUUCUUAUGGUUCCAAAUAAAUUGAACCCAUUUGCUUUAUUUACAUUUUCCUGAGAGCUCCAUGUAAGAAACAAGGGUAAAAUCAUUAUUUAGUGUAAUUUUAAUGAAUAUCAACACUGUGUUUAAACAGACAUUAACUAUGAUUGAUAGAGAUAUAUUUGUAUUUGUAUUAAUGAGCUGUUUUGCAAAUACAUUUUUUUUUUUAUAAAAUCAGUGUUAAAUGUUUUUUGAACCCAUCAACGUGUACACCAUUAAUUUUUUUUUGUGGUUGAAUUAAUUCUGUUUCAUGAAUAUCAUUUGAUUUAUAAGAACACAGCUGCUCUUAUGCAACCUAAAAAACUCAUUUUCAAGGGUAUUGUCCUGAGAGAAAUCAGGUUUGAAAGAAUGGACUUCUCUGGAACAUCUUUUCGUAAAGGGUUAUCAAACUCUAUUUGCCAGUACUAGUGUAACAAGCACCCUUUUAUGGAAUUCCAUGCAACAUACACCUCAGAAAAAAGCUGGACUAUACUUAUAGGGACAAGUUUCAGUUUCAUCAAUAUUAAGAGAAGUAUAAUUUUCCAUAGAAAAGCAUUAUAGUCCCGAGAUAUUUUGUCUGAAAUCCAAUAAUUAACACUUUCCUAUGGAAAAUUUUAGGUAAAGGAAUGUUCUUAAGUUAAUUAAGGGCUGUUGAUGAAACCGAGGUGAGGCUAGUUAUCUUACUAGGACAGUUUGUCGUACGAUGUUGAAAUGGUUUUACCGUUAGUUGUUGAUGUGUACACCUUAGCAUGUUCAAAAUUCAUGUAACUCCUAUAUUUCUAGUAAUAUGUUUGUUUUGCAGAUUUUUAUGCAUAAGAUAUACACAAAUGAUCUCAUUAUACAUAUUUUAAAACUUCUUGAAAUAAAAUAUAAUUUAGACGGCACAGAUUGAUCAGUUUAACAGUGAUACCAAACAAGAAAACACUAUAGGGUAUGUUAUUGAAAUAUUUACCCUAGUAUUUCCCAUUUAAUACCUUUAGGUACAUGUUUUUUUUAUAUAUAAAUAUCCAUACCAUUAUAUUUGUUUUGUGUUCAAGAGUAGAAUUUGUUAUUUAUCAUGAUGUAAGUGUGUACAUGUAUAUAAUGAAUUGUAUUAAUGUAAUUGAUUAUAAGUCCUUAGUUUAUUGAAGUUGUAUACAUUUUUAAUUGUUCUGUUUAUUUUGGGGCUGCAUUCAUGUCAAAAGAUGAUAAAUAAUCGAAUAUGUUAAUACCCUUGGAUAUUUUAUUCCCUGCCAAAUAAUUUAAGAAAAGUUACUUCCAGGUAUUUCCAUGUUUUUUAAUCUGUAUUUUCAUUCUUGAGGUUCUUGUCCUAUUUUACACAGGUGACCGGGAAGUUCAACUUAAUGCAGGACGAAUAAUGAAAUUACAUUCAUGUUUUGUUGAACUGCAAUUGAAAUGUAUGGAUUUAUUAUCAGGGCAGAUGAAUAACUUUUAUAUAAUUAUAUACAUAAAAAAUUCUAUAGCAAAUGGAACGGUUUUCACAAUCAUUUAGUUAUUGAUAUUAUUCCAUUUUUUUUAUCCCAAUUUAGAGAACCUUAAUAAUCCUGAAAUGGUAAGAAAUUUGACAAGUAAGGUCUUAUUGCCAAAUAACUUUAAUCUGUUGUUGUGUAUCAAUUUACCUGUAACAGUUGUAGUAAUUUAAUGUCUGUUGUUUUUGUGUAACGUAUCAAUGGAGCAGUAAGCCAACAUAUGCAGAGCAUAAAUUUAUGAAAGUAACAAUAUUUUAUAAUUUGACACAAAUAUAUACAUGUAUGCAUAAGUUGAACCGCAAUUGUGUGCAAUUGAUAGAGAGCAUGUAUCUUAGUAGCUUCUCUUGCAGCAUAAAAGCAUUGUGACAGUUCUGACAGUCAAUGUCUUAUACAAUGUACUUGUCUUCUACAACAGCUACUACUAAGUAGCUAGCAUUUAAAAUCUUACAACACUCAUUUCUAAUGCCAACUACAAGAUACAUUUGUAUAAUUGGAGGUAAACCAUAAUCAGUGUGUUAUAUUGGUUGGCAUUAUGGUAUUGUAAAUACAUGCAAUGUAACCCACUGUCGAUGAUCUUUGAAUGCAUGAUAUAAACUGUUAUUACUUAGACAGAAAUGCAUGAGCAUGUGGGUCCAUUGAAAUUCUAUACCUACAGUGCUUGACAAAUUUUGUCAAAAUAAUUUGAGUCGUUUUGUUUAAUUCAUUGACAACUGGUUUUCUGCAGAAUUAUAUUCUAGCAUAUGCUCAGCAUUAUACUGGACACGAGUGUAGUGUAGUUUUCAGUACUCUGAAUCCCAUCUUCGCUAGCCAAGGCUUCUGAUUAUGUUAUACUGUUCGUGGAGUGUAAUAUAAUGUAAUCAGAAGCCUUGGCUAGCGAAGAUGUCGGAAUCCAUGCUCCCUGUCAACUUCAUACCACCAUGUCCAAUUGUGAGUCAAGCUGUGAGGAUUUUUGAAAAGAAACAUCACCAGUGUGAAAGUCCAAUUUAUUAACUUUAAUUUGAAGUGUUAUGUUAAAUGAAGAGGGAGAUACAUGUAUUUAAUUUGUACCGUUAUUUGCCAGUAACCAAGCUGCAUAGUUUAAAUGGUAUGGAAGGUAAUUUGUUUUAUAUUACAAGUCAAUUUAGGUAAUAUAAAACUUCAUAACUAUGUGACUUAUUGGAAAUAA